CAAGGCCCCGCCAGCAUGCCCUUGACUUUCUCCCUUGGCCUGCUCGUCCUCUUCACCCUGGGGGAGGGGGAACCCUGCUCCGAUGCCCAGGGCAGGCCCCGCUUCUGUGUCCCCCCGACAGCCCUCCUGGCUUGGGCGGGGGGCUCGUGCAGCCGAGGCGUCAACCACAGCCGCAGCCUGAACCUGGCCCUCGGGGGCCCCUUCCUCUUGACCUCGCUCCGCCUGCGCUUCUGCUCCCCGCCGGCCGCCGACGCCAUCGCUGGGGCCCGGGUCCUGGCUACGUCGAACGGCGGGGGCGCCGCGGGGGGGCCCUGGUGGCCCCUGGCCAGGCUCUGGACCUCUGGGGGAGGCCAGACAGCCGAGCUGACCCUCCGCGCCCAGCUCGGCCCCGCCCAACACCGGACCGCCGUCCGCCUGCGCGUGGAGCUGGGGUCCCCGGAGGCGUUGGCGUCGGUGGCUGUGAGGGGUCGAUGUCAGUGUCACGGCCACGCCGCCCGCUGCGCGGCCCGACUUCAGCCCCCACGCUGUCGCUGCCGCCACCACACCACCGGUCCUGGGUGUGAAAGUUGCCUUCCGUCUCAUCAGGACUGGCCCUGGAGGCCGGCCACGCCUCAGCACCCGAACGCGUGUCAGCCCUGUUCUUGCAAUCUGCACGCGCGGCGCUGUCGCUUUCACGCCGAGGUGUUCCGGCUGUCCGGAGGGCGGAGUGGGGGCAUCUGCGAACGCUGUCGCCACCACACCGCGGGCCGCCACUGCCACUACUGCGAGCGGGGCUACUGGCGGGACCCCAAGCAGCCCCUAUCCAGCCGCAGGGCCUGUCGGGCUUGCCAGUGUCACCCCAUCGGUGCAACCGGGGCCCAGUGCAACCAGACCAACGGACAGUGUCCCUGCAAGCCAGGAGUGACGGGCUCCUCCUGUGACCGCUGUGCCGUGGGCUACCAGCAGAGUCGUUCUAUCCGUCUGCCCUGUCAGCGGAUCCCAGAGAUAACGACCACCGAGGCUACAAUCCCUAGUGUCUACACUCCAGACCCGACGUGCCAGAGCCUUUGUAACGCGUCUGAAGCCGGAGUUCACAUGAGUCUGCUGCAGUACUGUCAGCAGGCCUACGUUCUUCGAGCUCAGGUCCAGUCCGCCGAGCCCUCUGGCUCAACUUGGUGGCGCCUGCGGAUCCGCGUCCUGGCUGUGUACAAGCAGCGGGCAGAACCCCUGGGUGCAGGAGUACAGGAUGCCUGGGUUCCUCGUGCCGACCUGGUCUGCGGCUGCCUGACGCUCCGGCCCGGGUCUGUCUACCUGCUACUAGGGGGGCCAAUCGGAGGACCCGACCCCAGCCGUUUGGUCCUCGAUCAUCGUGGGCGCGCCCUUCCCUGGAGACCCCAGUGGGCGCAGACCCUGAGGCGGCGGCAGCGGGAGGAGCGGGCCGGAGGCUGCUCCUGA